AAUGUUAUAUCUGAUGGAAAAAGCUGUGAAGUCAAAAUCCUGUCUUUUUAAGCGACACAUCAAAUGUGACUUUGAAACUAAAUUACCUUAAACUGUUAACUAACCGCCGGCCUGUAGCUGAGCUCAUAGCGGUUGUGUGUUUUUGAGAUGGUUGUCGUUAAUGUCGCUGCUGUUUUCAGCGUCAGCUAACGUUAUUUACUCAUAACUUUGUCAUAUGCGCCACACAGUCUGGCGAGGUAGACUUCUUUCAUUUGCCCCUCUCUAGCGUGUGAAAGACUAUGAGUAAAGAGUCCAGGAUGAAGGCAACCGUUAACCAAAAGCUGACUGAGAUGGGGGAGCGAGAGAGACUGAAGGAGUUACUGAGGGCGAAGCUCACUGAGUGUGGAUGGAAGGACCAGAUGAAAGCUCACUGCAAAGAAGUAAUUAAAGAAAAAGGCUUGGAGCACGUGACUGUGGAGGACCUGGUGGUAGAGAUCACUCCUAAAGGAAGAGCGUUGGUGCCGGACAGCGUCAAGAAAGAGCUCCUCCACAGAAUAAGAGCCUUCUUAGCUCAGCAUGCCACAUAAUUUAGAUUUUAAACAUUUCCUUAGACCGCCUGCCUAUACUCUCAUCAUAUAGAAUAUUUUUAAUGGUUUGAUUUACUUGAAUCUUAAAGAUACUUUUUUCAUUAUCUUGAUAUUUUCAGAGACAUACUGACACGUGCUUGGCAAUUUGUUUGUGUGAUUUUUCGAUUUCUGUUACUACAGUUAUCACGUAUUUGUUAAUGCACUUACAUUGCACACUAGCUGUCCUUUGUAAAAGGGAUGUGCUGUAAAGAUAAAGCUUUGGAUUUGCUGAACAACAAUCAUUUUCAAAAAUGUAAAAACAAACAGUAAAAUAUAUGACGUAAAUAAAUAACAACAACAAUA